AUGGUGCUUUUGCAGGUAUCUCCUAUGAAAGGUGCAAUCCAGUUUGGAGGUGAGAGUAAGCUAGCUCUAAGGUACAUGAAGCCAUAUAAAGUGCUACAAAAGGUCAAAAAAGUAUCUCACAAGCUAGGUUUACUGCUAGAGAUGGAGAGGAUCCAUCCUGUUUUCCAUGUUUUGAUGUUACGAAAAUGUGAGUUAGAUCCGAACAAGGUUAUAAAUGAGUCGAAUAUGAAAAUUUUAGAAGAUCUUUCUUAUGCUGAUCAGCUUGUCCAGAUUGUAGAUACACAGAUCAGAAGGUUAAGGAAUAGGGAGAUACCAAUGGUUAAAGCCUUGUGGAGUCACCACAACAUAGAAGAGUGCAUGCAGGAGAUCGUGACUCCAUUUAACAGUAAUAUCCCACCUAUUUUAGGAAGAGUAUUAAGGGUUGUUGUAAAUGAGACUUUCAGUAGCCAGAAGAAUGACCUUUAG